GCAAACGAGACAGUGAUUGGGCAAAUUCAGCCAUACUGGUAACAAGGACUAAAUCUAAGCUCGGUGCACUGGAAGUUAGGGUUGGACAGAAAAGGACUGCCGAUAGCCAAAAAUGUAUAGAAACCAAUAUGAUCAUGAUGUGUCAAUAUGGAGCCCUCAGGGAAGAAUAUUUCAAAUCGAGUAUGCAUUAGAAGCAGUAAAACAGGGCAGUGCAACAGUUGGCUUAAAGUCAAAAGAGUAUGCUGUGCUUGUUGCGCUCAAGCGAUCAUCUUCAGAAUUAUCAUCAUACCAAAAGAAAAUAAUCCCAAUAGAUGAUCAUGUAGCCGUCAGCAUAGCAGGAUUAACAUCUGAUGCCAGGCUACUCAGUAAUUUUAUGAGACAAGAAUGCCUGAAUUCAAGAUAUGUGUAUGAUGCACCAUUGCCCAUAUCAAGACUCGUUGCUCGUACAGCAGACAAAAUGCAAGUUCCAACGAUGGUGUAUGGCCGACGUCCAUUUGGCGUUGGCAUUCUUAUAGCUGGACAUGACGAACAAGGCCCUCAUAUAUUACAACUGGAUCCUUCAGCAAACUAUUUCGAUUGUAAGGCCAUGUCAAUCGGUGCGCGAUCUCAGAGUGCAAGAACAUACUUAGAGAAAAAUCUAGACAAAUUUGCAGACUCCACAUUAGAGGAACUUAUAGCUCAUGGUUUAAGAGCACUGAGGGAAUGCCUUCCAAGUGAGCAGGAGCUGACCAUAAAGAACUGCUCAUUGGCUGUCGUCGGUCCAAGUAUGCCUAUGAAAGUAUACGACAAUGAUGACAUCGAAACAUAUCUCACUUUAAUCGAAGAAGCCAAAGAAGCAGGAUCUGCUCAGGAAGAAGGAAUGGAAACAGAAUCGGCAACUGAAAGCAGCGAAGCAAAACCCUCAGAGAGCCAAGAAGAGAUGGAAACAGCGAGUUAAGGGCGCAGAUUUCAAGAACACUAAGACACAUUUUAGUAGACAAAACUGUUUACUUAACACGAGUUUUACUUUAGAUCUAGUCUUCCGGACGCAGUUCUCUAUCAAAAUACCUUUUUUUCGGA